CACCUCUUUAAAGCACACUGCAGAGAGCCAUGGUGUGCAUUCCUUGCAUCGUGAUCCCAGUCCUGCUCUGGGUCUACAAGAGGUUCCUUGAGCCGUAUCUCUACCCCUUCAUCUCUCCUUUGAUCAAACGCCUUUGGCCCAAGAAGGCCGUGCAGGGACCAGCCAAGCCGGAGAGAAGGAGCAGCUCUGAGGAGGAUUCCCUGAGGCAGGAUCCCUUCAGCGAUCAGGCGGAACUUUAUGAAGCCAAAAGCAAUGGCAUUGCAAAUGGAUUUCCUGGAACUGGGCCCAAAGAAGAUUCCAAGACAAAGACGGAUUAGUUAUGCUUCCGUUGUGGGGGGUCAAGGCUGUUAUUAAGAAAUGAACUCACAGUGUUGUCCCCACGUGGAUAUUUUAUUGAUUGCACAUUUAUCUGAACGGAAAUUUGUAAUAUGUAUAGACACCGGGGAGACUUGGAAUAAUUCUAGCUGUGUCCUUGAAAAUAGUUUUAAUAUAUUGUCUUGCUGUUGUUAAAAUUGGGGGUGGCUGGAACCCCAAUGUGCAGUGCAAUUGGAGAGCGUUAACAAUUUUAGUCUCCAUAUUUUAUUAAAACUAUGACUCUCAAUUUUGCUACUUGUUUCAAAAAAAUUCCUGAAAUCCUUCAUUGAUGAUGACCCAUAGGUUGGUUUGUUUUUUUAAGCAAAAUAUCAUACCCACAGUAGCUAAAAAAAAAAAAGCAGCAUUGUAAAUAUUUGAAUACUAAUGGCAAAAAUAUUGAUAGCUACUAAUUUUCUGUUUCUAAAUUAGCAUCUGCAGAGCUGCCCUAUUGCAGAUUCCUCACAAUGGUAUAGAAAAACUUUUAAAAAGCAGAUAUUAUAUGAAGGAAACAAUACCAAUUCAAUGCCACAAAGGGAAAAUGUCCCCUUUUUAUAUAUAUUUUUGAGCUUCUAAAGGUGAAAAAAAGCUAAAGCUGAUAAACACAAGUCUGUAUUUUGGUUGAUCAUGUCUACCUCCCUAAUUAGAAUAACACCCAAGGCCACCAUAGCAAAUAAACCUUACUGGUUAUUGUUGUAACUAUACUAUUUUAUCUGCAAUGUAGAUUUUCAGUUGGUGCAUUCUAAAAUCCAUGUGUGUUUUUCCUAAAGGAAUAGGGAAGCUGUAUCUCUCAUGUAAAUAUGCCCAGGACUCCUUUUCAAUUUAAGGCAUUUUUUACGGAGAACAGGUGGGUGAUUGGGAAAAGCUCGGUGGGGAUAGAGAGUUUAUUAUUUUUCUGAGAUCUGUUUUAGUGAAUAAGGACACUACAACCCUUUGCCUAGGAAAAAAUGCAAAUUUAACUGAUUUAGAAUUUGAAUAAAGUGUGAAAGC